AGAGUCCCCCCCCAGUGUACCAGAGAGUCCCCCCCCAGUGUACCAGAGAGUCCCCCCCCAGUGUACCAGAGAGUCCCCCCCCAGUGUACCAGAGAGUCCCCCCCCAGUGUACCAGAGAGUCCCCCCCAGUGUACCAGAGAGUCCCCCCCAGUGUACCAGAGAGUCCCCCCCAGUGUACCAGAGAGUCCCCCGUGGCCCUCAUAGAGCCACAGCUACUCCCUGCCCCAGGGACCCCAGGUGUCACUAACUGAGGAGCACUCAGUGCUAAACUGUGGCCCCAGGGCCCCUGACAAGACAAAUAGCAGCACAGUACAGCACUGCUCAUGACCCAGGGCCCCCAGAGAAAUCCCAUUGGGUCGGUACAGUAAGGCUCUGGGAAGAGUAAGGUCAGUACCAGCGAGUGGAUCAGUAGCAGAACUGGCGGCCCAAUAACCUGCAGCCACAAGAGCUAACGAUCCAGACACGUCAGCACCAGUAAUAAAGAGACUUGGCUGUAACUGGACCUUCCCAAGGGACGAGAGAACCAGUCAGGCACUGGCACUACAUUUAGGACUUUAUACAAGUGACUGGGAGCAGGUCCGACUGUACAUCAAUAUACUGACACCAGACAGAACCAUCUGUACCUGAGAGUGAAACGGGUCGAUCUGAUCUCACACUCCUCACAUCAGAGAACGACUCUCCUGAUUGGUCCUGCCAGGAGCUGAAAUGGCAUCAGCAGCUGCCGAGCCAGUGGGUGGCACAAGCCCAGGAACAACCUCUCUGAAGAAACCUCUGCCGGCCGAGAUACCCGGCUCUUCUGCUCAGUCUGCUGCACAAACCAUGAAGAAAAUUGGCCAUAGAGGAGUUGACUCGACUGGUGAGACUACGUACAAAAAGACCACAUCAUCUGCUUUGAAAGGUGCCAUCCAACUUGGCAUCACUCACACAGUGGGCAGUCUAAGCACCAAGCCGGAGAGAGAUGUCCUCAUGCAGGACUUCUAUGUGGUGGAGAGUAUCUUUUUCCCUGGUGAGGGCAGCAAUCUGACUCCUGCUCAUCAUUAUAAUGACUUCCGAUUCAAGACCUACGCCCCUGUUGCCUUCCGCUAUUUCAGGGAGCUUUUUGGCAUUCGACCUGAUGACUAUCUGUAUUCUCUGUGCAAUGAGCCUCUCAUUGAAUUGUCCAACCCUGGUGCCAGUGGUUCUGUGUUCUAUGUCUCUGGAGAUGAUGAGUUCAUUAUAAAGACGGUCCAACACAAGGAGGCGGAGUUUCUCCAGAAGCUGCUGCCUGGUUACUACAUGAACCUUAAUCAGAACCCCAGAACUCUGCUGCCCAAGUUCUAUGGCUUGUAUUGUGUCCAGGCUGGGGGCAAGAACAUUCGAAUAGUGGUUAUGAACAAUCUGCUGCCCCGCUCUGUCAAAAUGCACCUCAAGUACGACCUUAAGGGGUCCACAUACAAGCGCCGUGCUUCCGCCAAAGAACGGGAGAAGCGCUCCCCAACACACAAGGACCUGGACUUUUUGCAGGACUUGCCUGAUGGUCUCUACCUGGACCCAGAUAUGCACAAUGCUCUUUGCAAGACAAUCCAGAGAGACUGUCUGGUGCUGCAGAGCUUCAAGAUCAUGGAUUACAGUUUACUGGUGGGAGUCCACAACAUGGACUAUGCUCAGAAGGAGACAAUGGUGGUGGAUGGACACGCUCAGAGUGAUACACGCCGCCCGGCUGCACAGAAAGCGCUCUAUUCAACCGCUAUGGAGUCUAUUCAGGGAGAGGCACGGCGAGGGGGAGCCAUAGAGACCGAUGACCAGAUGGGUGGGAUUCCCGCUCGCAACGCCAAAGGAGAACGACUGCUGCUCUACAUUGGUGUCAUUGACGUGCUACAAUCUUACAGGUUCAUGAAGAAGCUGGAACACUCUUGGAAGGCCCUGGUGCAUGAUGGGGACACCGUGUCGGUUCACAGGCCUGGAUUCUAUGCUGACCGCUUCCAGAAGUUCAUGUGCGUCUCUGUCUUCAAGAAGAUCCCACUAAAAACCUCUCCUUCCAAGAAGAGCCGUACCAUGCCAGGUAUCUCCCGGAGGCCCACCCAGGCAGCAGUACCCACCCACUUGCAGCUUGUGGAUGAACCUAAGCAGUAUCUGUCACCUGAAGUUGAUUCAGAACAAGUGGGUCAGUUUGGACGCCCCGACCUUCUUCCUCGAACCCCUCUGGUGGAUGAAGCUGCUAGUGACUCAUUGGCCACCACCUUAUCCACCUCCUCACUGGGCAGUGGAGGGCUGAACUCUCCGGCACACAGGUCUGUGGGGGUGGAAGUGCACAAAGCCGAAGCGCCAGAGAUAGAGUUAAACAUGAUGAGAACUGAAGUAUUAGAGGAAUUCAACCAAGAAGAUGAAGCAGGAGUAGAAGAGGCUCUGGACAUCAGCCAGAUUGAGACGGAGAUCCACUUUGUAUGUAUUUCUGACUGAGGGAAAAUGGGUCAUACUUUUGCCACAUUUAGCUUCCCUUCUCCCUGCUCUAAUACAAUCUGCUCUAGAACGUGUGCCAGGGUUCUGGUUGGUUGAGUUCUAGACUGUAUAAGCAGAGCAUAUCCUACCAAGCAUUAGUCAGGCCUGCCCAGCAAAGCUGGAAAUGCACUGAUGCAGAUAUAGCAAUGAUCAUUGGGGAAGUACUUGUGGCCCCACAGCGGGACCCACGGGAGUUGAUGGACUGGGGGACCGUAAAGUGAAAAGGGACAAAUGCCUCUAGACAUGUUAGUCGCUAUGUCUCUAAUGAGAGGAUAACGCAGACCUAUGCCUGGAAGUUGCAGUUCUGUAGCAGAUUUAACCCAAGAUUUAUCUGUUGUCCUUUCUUGUACCCCACAGUUUUCUCCUUGCAACACAUUUAGUUAUCAAAUCCACUUCUCUCUGUCCAGUCAGCAGUUAAAGGAUUAGGAUGUUUAAAAGACACAAAUGAACGCCCCUGGUGUAGGGGCCCUGAGACAUCCGAUGCAGAGACUCAGAAGUCAGGGUGGGGGGUGUCAGGAACUAAUCAUACACAUCCCUUUCCCUUUUAUCUAAGUUUGUUCCUCCUCGUACAGUGAGCUGGGAUUCACCAAGGCUGCUUUCUUCACUGUGGAUCAGCAGGGGCCACUCAUAGAUUUGCCCGCUCUGUUGGCAACAAAUGACCCUGGAGGCAACACGAGCAAAGCCACUGCGGUCGGACGAGGCAAUCCAGUUGACUCCACCAGACCCACUGCCUGCCUGGAGCUGCUUCCCACCCUGAUGUUGCAAACAGACCAAUGGCUGCUCUCCAGAAGUGAAUAAACUCCUCCCAUUUGCCUUACUCUGCAGUCCCUUAAUGAGAGGAGGUUCCUUUUCCCUCUAUUUAAGAUAUAUUUUUCUGCUCGUGUGUAGAACUCUGAUGCUGCAUUAACGGACCAAAAGUCUUUUGUAGAAGCGUUUGCUGCCUAUUUACAGUGGGGCUGUGACCUCACAGUCACCCAAAUGGACGCGGUGAUGGGGAUAUACGCCCCCUUAUGAUCACCCCCUGAAUAACAAGGUGAUUAUGGACAAUACAUGUUUGUCAGAGACUUGGUGGUGUUCUCUAUGGAAUGACAGCAGAAUGUCUACCCGUGCCAAUACUUGUGCCAUGGAACAGCAGGGACUGGGUGGCUCGGGUUUCUUGGGCUCUUGUGACUGUCUGUGAUGCAGCUUCUUACCCCCCAGUGGGGGCAAUAACGAUUGUGAGAUUCCUCUCUGUAUUUGCACGUGGAAUCAUUUGUGGACAGUGUCACCUUCUCUCCAUUAACUUAAGAGUCAUGGGUGAUGUGUCCAGCCUGCAGCCCUCCAGCUAUUGCUACACUACAGCCGUCAGAGAGCAGGAAGGCUGACUGGCUACCCCUCCCUUACUUGCACCCUGAAUCCUAUUGGUGCUUACAGUGUGAGGUCUGCAGAAGAGCAUGUUGAGAGGGGGGGGGGGGGGUGUGGCCUGAGCUUGUGAUUGAAGGGGGGUAUCUGCUGCUAAACUGCAAAAUAAAAUUUAGAGCCAAAUACCUUUCCCUAGUACAUUGGUGUGUGAGGGCAUCUUGGAUAUUAUUAUACAGGGAUGGUAAUGGCCUUAAUGCACCACAAGGGGGGGGGAUGUGCCCCAAAUACUAUUUAUAAAUGCACCUCCAGUGCCGCCCGGCUGAUUUUAGCAUUUCUAACUUUAUUCCCAUUUUAUUGAGACAUUUUAAUUUUUCCUUCCCGUUGUCUUUUAAUAUUUAUGAAAGUUUUUAUUUGACGGUUUUAUUUGAGAAUCCAAGUGCUUUGUGCAGGAGCUGAGCUACACCCCUGUAUGUACAUAAAGCUAUAAACCACACGGA